GCUACCGCCAGUCAUCCAAAUGAUCAACCAUUUCGCGGUUCUUGUGCUCAACGUGGGCUUGAUUUCAGCCUCAGGACUCCCACCAUGGAUCAAACCAUGCAAGGUGGGGCCUAAAUUUGACGAGUGCUCAAUAAAGAAUGGAAAAUUUGCCAUGCCAUAUAUAAUGAAAGGUGAUCCGAAGUAUCAAGUGCCCACCAUGGACCCACUUUUUAUACCAGAACUUUCCAUUACUGAAGAUCAAUCGAAGAGCAUCGCUAUGAAUAUUACUUUGAGAAAUACUGAAAUUCGUGGGCUAAGGAACAGCAACUUCGUCAGUUCCAAAUAUGAUGCUCAAAGAAAACACUUUGAAUGGGUAUUUGAUAACUUGGACUUGCAACUAUUUAGUGAUUAUAAAAUCAGUGGAAAAUUUCUUCUUUUACCAAUCGUUGGAAACGGCCAUACAACAAUCACUAUAAAGGAUGUCAAGUUGAUGGUUUAUAUUGAUUACAAAACGGAGAAAAGGAAUGAUGAAGAUUAUGCAGUUAUAAAAAACCUAGACAUUAAAUAUACAACAAAAAGAUUGACAAUCAAUCUUGAAAACCUGUUCAAUGGUAACAGGGAGCUAGGUAACAACAUAAAUGGUCUGAUGAACUUAAAUUGGAGAGAACUGAAUAAUUCUCUUGGGCCAGGCGUAACUAAAGCCAUAGCAAUUUACUUGAAACAAGUACUCGAUAACAUACUCAAGACAGUUCCUGUGAAAGAAAUUUUCCUAUAAACCUACUGUCAAUUUCAUUCAUUAGUUUAACAAAUUUUUGUUUAAUUAUAAACCUUUUGAACUUGUCACAUAAAUUACUAAAAGAUAUGUUUGAACUUGUAUAAACACAAAUUACAACUAAAUUUUUGUA